GGGCGCUCUAACGCCAUUUUGCCGUUUUACACAGGAAAUACGUCACCUUCCUCUUCCGCCGCGGCUCCGGCGCCUGAAACACGAGUGUUCAUCUUUUCUCUCCUUACGGGAGGCGCAUUGAACAUACUGGAGCGAUUGGCAACACUUAGCUGACAAAAAUGAAACCCAUCCUGCUCCAGGGCCAUGAGAGGUCCAUCACUCAAAUCAAGUACAACAGAGAAGGAGACCUGCUCUUCUCUGUAGCUAAAGACACGGUAGCCAACGUUUGGUACUCUGUCAAUGGCGAGAGGCUUGGCACCUACAAUGGACACACAGGAGCGGUGUGGUGUGUCGACUGUGAUUGGGACACUAAAAACGUAUUGACGGGAUCAGCAGACAACAGCUGUCGGCUGUGGGACUGUGAGACCGGUAAACAGCUGGCCCUGCUCAACACCAACUCCGCCGUGAGAACGUGCGGCUUUGACUUCAGCGGCAACAUCAUCAUGUUCUCCACAGACAAGCAGAUGGGUUACCAGUGCUUCCUGAACUACUUCGACCUGAGGGAUCCACAGCAGAUCGAAGACAACCAGCCCUACCUGUCCAUACCUUGCGGUGACCACAAGAUCACCAGCGCUGUGUGGGGGCCCCUGGGAGAGUUUGUCAUUGCUGGCCAUGAGAACGGAGAGUUCAACCAGUUCAGCGCCAAGUCUGGAGAGAUCCUGAAGAAGGCCAAGGAGCACACCAAGCAGAUCAAUGACAUCCAGACAUCAGUGGAUCUCACUAUGUUCAUCAGUGCCUCCAAGGACAACACCGCCAAGCUCUUUGACUGCGCUACUAUGGAUCACAUCAAGACUUUCAAGACCGAGAGACCUGUCAACUCUGCAGCCAUCUCCCCCAUCAUGGAUCAUGUGGUGAUGGGAGGUGGACAGGAAGCCAUGGAGGUCACCACUACCUCCACCAGGAUCGGCAAGUUUGAGGCCAGGUUCUUCCAUGCCGCCUAUGAAGAGGAGUUUGGCAGGGUCAAAGGUCAUUUUGGCCCCAUCAACUGUGUGGCGUUCCAUCCUGAUGGCAAGAGUUACAGCAGUGGAGGAGAAGACGGAUACACAAGGAUUCAUCACUUUGACCCACAGUACUUUGACUUUGAACUGGAGGCGUAAACAGUCAGGCCCCUUUACCACGCAGCUUCAGCUCCCAGUCCAGGAGAAGGAAGAACCGGCUGUAGUGCAUUUACAGUCCACUAACCACCUCGACUUAUUCCCUUCAUCUGGACUGAUCUGUGAAUCGGUGUACUUCUCACAGAUUACUUCAAAUAAAAGUAAUUAGGUCAGAAGAGGUGACUCAGUGACCAGAGGGUUUCUCCUGUUUUUAACUCAUUUUUCUAACAUCACUUGGAAACUGUCUUGAUGGGAUCAGAAGCAUUUUUUUCUACCCUGGACUGCAAAGCUAUUGUGACUGGACUUGAAAACCCACACUCUGAUUCCCAAGUCUAUUUAAUCUGAUUCUACAAAUAAGUGGAAUUUGAGUUAUAUAUUUUCUGUUGUAAGCCAUUCCACCAUAAGUCACCAUAAAAUUAUCAAAUUCAA